AAGCGGAGGUGAAGCGCGACCGGCCCUCUCUACUCCAGGGGCCCAGACUAGUCCAGUCCGGGACAGCACGCCUCCUGCUGCACGCUCCACGAGGUAGAACGACGAACGUAGACACGACGACGUUAGGACCGGUACGACGUUACGCGCGCGGGCCCAGCUUUGGACGCGUAAGGCUCCCGGCUUCUCGCCCUCGAUCACGCAUCGGCGCGCCGCGUAACCUGUUAGCCGCGACCAAAUUUUGGAUUUUUGCGCGGGGAAAUCUUGUGUAGGCGCAAGUAUCUUGUCCCUUCCUCGGUAUUAUCACUCGCGAGGUCUGACGAGGUCUCUUUUGCCACUCGGUGUCGAUCGAAUUGCGACUUGGACACUGAUAUAUCCAAACGCGUUGUUAUUCCUUUGGAUGUAUUCUUCAACGACUCGUGUAGAGGAUGUUGUUUCCUGGAAAAUCCAAAGUCCAAAGAAGACACUUUCGACGAUGGAACACUCGAGGUAGAUCGUAGAUCUUCGAAGUACUUCGAUUGGAACGAGUUGGCGGAAAAAAGUGAAACGAAGACAGAAGUUUCCUUUUGACUGUAUCAUCCUUUUGCUCUCGAUGAGAGAAGUCUAGGACUCACGUUCGUACGUACUUCUAACCCACGACUAAUCGUGACCGGACGAUCACCGCCAAUCACCGUUCCAUCGAAAAUCAUAACCGAUAUAUCGAAGUCGCGCGGCUCGGUCUCUCACCAAGACGACACAUCGUCGCCCCCACCCGUGAACACCACGCGUCCAGCCACGCGAUCAGCAGGAUCAGCGAUCCGGAAGGUUUCGCACGGCAACGGUGACCAACGAGCCGGGUAUUCUUAAUGGACACCUGAUCCACGGUGAUUGACCACGUUGUCCAGCUGCAUCGAGCAACAACGUUAUCGGGGUGACGAUGAUUCUAUCGCAAUCCUGAAACUCUCUUCGGGAUCAUCGAGAACCCAUUCGAGAAUCAUUUCAACAUUUCGAUACUUUGAAACUUUUUUUUUUUUUUGAGAACUCUCCACUCGCGGAUAGGCCCAUCGAACGAGGGUUCAGGUCAAGUGGUGCUGUGACAAUUUACACGUGUGGAACGUGCGCGGGUAUGAGAGACCAUUGUGAACGGUGCGACGGGCCACCCGAACGGUCAAGUGAGCCGCCGCGGGGUGUUCAGUGAGCGCAAUUUCGAGAGACUUCAACGCCCGGUAAGGAGAUAACUGAGGGAUAUAACCAGACAGCGAGGACGACCACGGUCACAACGACAACGACGACGACGAAGCUAUUCGUAUUCAGAAGACGACGAGGAGUUGAACGGACGCCUCGUCCAACUCGGCGAGGUGCUGUCCGAGAUAGAGGAGGGUGGCGGGAGGAGAGGGUUGGAAGGAGGGUGGCGUGCUAUGAUCAGCAUGGAGCUUCCGGCACACGCGACGCAGCAUGGUGCUCUACACCUGGGGGUCGGAGUCGGGGUCAAUCCGGGUGACCCAGCCGGAAGUGCCUUAGCCGCCAUUCACCCGCAUCCCCAGGACCCUCUAGCCCUCCACCAUCACAAUCACGGCGCUGCGACACCCGGAGGUAUGCAUGAGGACUCCAAGAAAAAACAUGAUGGCGGCCACGGAAUGAACCAGGAUGGUCAUGGCGGAGUCAACCAACUCGGCGGCGUCUUUGUGAACGGAAGGCCGCUACCGGAUGUAGUCAGGCAGAGGAUCGUCGAGCUCGCGCACAGCGGCGUCCGACCGUGCGACAUUUCGAGGCAACUCAGGGUAUCUCACGGCUGUGUAUCCAAGAUACUGUCGAGGUAUUACGAGACCGGUAGUUUUAAGGCCGGUGUCAUAGGAGGUUCCAAGCCGAAGGUAGCAACGCCACCGGUCGUCGACGCGAUCGCCAAUUACAAGAGGGACAAUCCGACGAUGUUCGCGUGGGAAAUCAGGGACAGAUUGCUGGCCGAAGGUAUUUGCUCGCAAGACAAUGUGCCAUCCGUCUCUUCCAUCAAUCGGAUCGUGAGGAAUAAAGCGGCAGAGAAGGCGAAGCACGCGCAUCAGCAACAGCAGGCGCAGCAGCAGCAAGGUCAGCAGCAAGGUCAGCCGGGAUCGGGUGGUUCCGUGUCGGUGAUAGCACAUGCACCUGCGACGGCGGCAGGUCAUCCCGCUGCCACCGCUCCCAACGCCUACAGCAUCAGUGGCAUCCUGGGUAUCCCGGCGCAUCAUCAGGAUCCCAACGGCAACAGCAUCAAGAGGAAACGCAGCGUUGACGAUGAUAAUCGCGACCUGAAUGAUCAUGCCGAGAACGAUUUGAAAAGGCAAAGGAACAAUUACAAUGGUGAUCAGCUGUACUCGAACCUGUGGUCGAGUAAAUGGAGCAUCAAGGACGAGCACAAGCUUCUAAGCGAGCUCGGCGGCGGCGGCGGAGGCGGCGGCACGACCGGUGGUACAAACGGCGGUGGAAACGGCGGCGGUGGAAAUGGCGGUGGCGGUGGCGGUGGCGGCGGUGGCACUGGCGGCGGUAGCGGCGGAGGCGGCGGUUAUUACGAACACAGCGGAUUCCCCGGGAACGCUAUUGCCACCUCCGCCGAGCUGUACGACUCCCUGGGCACCAUCAGCACGAUGACGCAGGCGCAAACGCCUCAUCUCUACACCCCGCCCAUAGGGGGCACCAUAGCAGGUGGUACUUUGACGCCGCUCGCGCCACUGACGAUGCAAGAACUAAAAUUGAGCCAAACAUUGGACGGGGCUAACAUGUCUCCUUACCACACCACCGCAGAGAGCAGUACCGUCGCAGUAUCGUAUGUCGGGGUGGGGGCCGGUGGGGGCGAGCAAAGUCCCCCGAUUUCGUUGCAGAACGAGACAAACGCCACCCCCGCGGCCCCCAACACCCCCGGAGGGGAUCCCGGACUGACGGUCUUGCAGCCGCCAGUUUCUCAGCCCCAGGUAGCCUCUGCGAUACCGCCGUACUCGACGAUGCUCCCAAGUUUCGGACACUACGCCACCGGUGGUGGCGACUACGCGUACAGUGCUGCGUACUCCCAGUAUUCAAGCGCACCGUACAGCGGCUAUGGUUAUGGGGCAGCGACAAGCGGGUUGCUCAACUCCACAUAUUACUAUUGUAACGGAGACACGUCCAUCCAUACGUCGCAGCAAGGCGGUGGCGGUGGCGGCGGCGGUGGCGGCGGCGGCGGUUGUACCAACGGUGGUCCGGACGUCAGCGCCGACGUGGCCAGUCGUUCGCCUUUGGCGGCUACCAGGGCCAGCAGUGGGGCCAGCGCGGCCUCGCCAACUGGAAGCGCCUGCACCAAGCCGGACCAUACCUCUGCCACACCGACGGACCUCUACCUGGUUUGAUGAUCGAACCGCACCACCACGGGGGAACGGCUCUUGACCGAGCAUCUCCCUGCGAUCAGCGGGAAGACAACGGCAAGCUGCGACAACGGACGCCAUAUCAUGAAAAGACACCACCUCGAAAUUAAGCAAUGAUCUCCUUUUAAUCGCUUCGGGAAAAUGCGAAGGAAAGUGAAGGAUAUAUCGAUGGAUCCACGAGGAAGAUUACACGCACGCCAGCGAAUUAGGACAGCUCGACGAGCACUCUUCGCGCCGAUAAAUUUCGACAAGUGGCUUUUUCGGAAGACGAAGAAACGAUAAAACGAUUGUAGGAUUAGUUGCGCUCACGGUUCUGAAUUCCAUCGCGUUCAAGAUGGAUGACAGGGCUAGGAAAUUUGAUUCGACUGGGAGGGAUGAUCCGCGUAAAACGAGCUUGACGCGAGUGACGAUCGUGUCACCAUUGGCGUACAAAGUUUCCUUGUGUCGCCGCUGUCCAUCACAAUAUAAAUGUUCCCCUCUACGUUUUAUUUAUUUAUCGUGGUCUGAAGAAAUCCCUAUCGACCUGUCGAUAGAUCGACUCAUCUAACCGAUGGCGGCGACGCGAGCGAAUCUCGGAUGCUCGAAAGUUGACGAAGUUGACAUUGAAGACGGCGUCGCCGCUCUCUGGAGAGCCGUGACGAUAGAUAGUUUAAUUUAAUGAUCCUCAGUUAGCGCGUAAUUUCCACGCGAUAGUCGUGACCGCUCUCGCGAACACACGCUCGCGUGGCAAA